AUAUUGCACGCUAUAGUGCUGAUUUCGACGCCAAUUUUAUGCCAGCAAGGUAUUUCAUUUGAUUUGAAACUAUAUUAAAGUAAACCUAUUGAAUUUUUCAUUAUAUUUCCAAGACUUUUUAUGGUCCCAGGAUAGGCCAGAUACAGUUCACUUUGUUUUCAUUUAUUGGGAAGACUGUGAAUCGAUACCUUAAUGUGCGGCCAGCGUUGUUAAUGUUUGUUUGUUUGUUAAUGCUUUCAGUCAACGUGAAAAUUUGUUCCUCUGAACUAUCUGCCAAAUUUUGCCGCCAUUUCUGAAAAAAAAAAAAAAAAAAUUGGUUGUAAUAUUUUGCGAACUGCUGACUUCAUAAAGUGGGCACUCCAACUAAGGGGGAAAGGGGGGGGGGGGAGUUCGUGGGACACAAGGUUGAGAACUGAAAUUUUCUCACAAGAAUAUACAACCAGACUUAAUUAAUUAAACAACAGUACUAUAGGGCUUUUUACUUGCCAAACGUUGCUCAAAAUUUAACCAAGUUGCCCCUGAAAUAGAAAGUUGCUUCAAGUGGCAAAAGUUGCCAGAAAGUUACCGAGUAACUUGUGGCUAAUGCUAUAAUAGCCAAUACGGGGAAACUUUGCCCAAAAGAAACUUUUUUCAAGCUUUUGGCAUGAGUAGGGAUUUUACGAGUCAUAGAACAUGCUGGAAAAGGUAGAGGGAAUCUGACAUUGAGAUUUGUGAAAGGACCUAAAAGCCUAACGACGUGUCUUAUGGCCUGGAAAAGACAAGAAAACUUGGCGGAUAAGUUGUAUUAGUUAUCUAUUCAUAUUCAAAAGACGGUUCAAGGGAAGGUAUACGUAAAGGUAACUUUUUUUUUCUAUUAAAAAUGGUAUAUAAAAGUUAAGGGGUUGGACCUCGGGGUAGAGCACCCGACAAAAAUAUUUGUUGAGUUACCCCCUCUCCCUCCACACUAGGGUAUUGCUUUUGAAGUGUGGGGCAUUUUUCAGUGCCUUUUCAAUGCUUUGAUGUUCGCACUCGUUCAAAACGCUAACAAACAAUCGCCAAGAGGGGAUCAAGUCAAUACCUUAGAGUAGGAGAAUGGAUUUUCUUUCUUCUCGUUGAAUACAUGUUUAAUCGGUGAUUUAUGUUACCAAAAAACAUUUACCCAAAUAAGUAACUUCUUCUGUGCAAACAGCAGCUCCAUUCGGCGUGGUUUUCGUGCCGGUGUAAGAUCUAUCCGUUAUAGUGUGAACAAAGCCAACCUAAGAUCUGGCCUAAGAAUAAAUUAAUCUAUAAAUUACUAAAAGCAGCAUAUCGUUACUUUGCAACGUGCCAUCUAAAAAAGGCUUAGAGAGAUUCUUUUAUUUUAUAGGGUAAUGUUUUCUCCUAUUUGAAUGAAUCGUUAUAAUACUUGAGAGAAAGGAAAACAAGUAAUAACUAAUUUACUUUUUUUUUUAUCUUUGUUUAUAGGAUGUGAUAACUACAUAAAUGUAACGUCAAAUGCUUCUCGAUCAGUCCAAGCUAAUUCUACUGAAACGGGUAAAACUCUUUGCGAUAAAGACCAGACCUGGUUCCGUAAGAGGUUAUGGAUUCGUUUUAUAAGUGACAAUGAUGACUUGUGGAUUCCGCAGGGUUGCCCACCGCAAAACGUCUGUAAUACAAAUGCACCGGGAUCGUUGCACCAUGGGCAUCCAUUGGUGCACAGGAUGGUUUGGCGUCAAAUAUAUUUUCGCUUCGGAAACAAAUGUCUCAGUAAUGUUUUGGAAGUGUUUGUAUCAAAUUGCAAGACGUUUUUUGUUUACAAGCUGCUUAAUUUCCCUGUUAAUCUGAGCUGUAACUAUCGCAUCUGUGCUGAAAGAGGUAAGUCUGAUCUCCUCAGUGGCCCCGGUCCCUAAAUAGAUGGUUAAGUUUAACCCAGGAUUAAGCCAAAUUUUUAACAGUCCGGGCCACAACCAGAUCUGGAUGUAUGAUGACGUCACCCACAUUUGCAAAAUGGCGCCCACGCCGAGAAACACGAGGGAAGGUCACUUCCUGGCUCUUUGCUGCGCCUACAAGUGUCCUUUCCCCAUACUACUUUGAGAGCUGUGACUUUAGACAAUGAGAAAUCAGGGGUGUGAAGAAAAAAUGCCUUCCGAUGAACGUUUGUGCGUUCUUUGGAGGUAAAACGACCGAACACGAGAGUUUUUCAGCUCAAAGAAAUGCCCGACAAGGAGCAAAACAUCGAAAAAAAGAAGGUGAGUGUCAUUUUUUGGACCUUUGGAAAAAUUUUUUUUGAAAUCUACAUAAAUUUGCUUGUUGAUAGUGGUCUGUUUGGUGUAGUGCAAAGCAGUUUCACGUAGUGAUGUGCUUUUAAAGAUGCAAAAGUCAUUUGCGCAGUUAAAUGACUGCCUUGUCACGAGUUCAGAAAAGUGAAAACAACAAGAAUAGCCCCAAGCGAGCCCACAUUGUAGGAGGCAAUACGAUAACAUCUUGACCGAAAUGAUGAUGGUUGAUUAAUCACUGUCAUGAGACAGCAUGCAACAGUGCA